GAACUCCGCAAAAACCCCACAACCAAUCAUGUCGCCCUUAGCCCGGCUGGUGCUGUCGCUGGCAGCGCUUGCGCUCGCGCACGCCACCGUGGAGGUGAUGAAGGACGUCACUCUUGGCUUCGGAGAGGCGCUCAAGCAGUGCAGAGAGAGUUCCGGCCUGACAGAAGAGAAGAUGGAGGAAUUCUUCCACUUCUGGCGUGACGACUUCAAGUUCGAGCACCGGGAGCUCGGCUGUGCCAUCCAGUGCAUGUCCAGGCACUUCAACCUGCUCACCGAUGGAGAGAGGAUGCAUCAUGAGAACACAGACAAGUUCAUCAAGUCUUUCCCUAACGGUGAGGUGUUGUCCAAACAAAUGGUAGCCCUGAUCCACUCCUGCGAGCAAAAGUUUGAUGACAUGGAGGACCACUGCUGGCGAAUCCUGCGCAUCGCCGAGUGCUUCAAAAGCAGCUGCCAGGAGCGCGGCAUAGCGCCAUCUAUGGAGAUGAUGAUGGCUGAGUUUAUUAUGGAGUCUGAGUCUUAAAACU